UAACCUCUUUGAUAUUAAAGAUUAAGAUCCCCUUAUUUGUUGAUACUAAUCUCCGUGGCAUACUAUCCUUUCACUUCUUUAUUUGUUGUGUUUGAUAUCUAAAAUGGUGCGAGCCUGGUAUAUGGAUAAUGAUUCGUCAGAUCAGCGAGAGGAACAUCACAGGAAUCCUCCAAAAAUAAUUUCAUUGAGUGAUCUUCAUGCUGUAUCAGGCGUAGAAUAUUUCAAGUUGAAUGUUGAGUCUUAUGAUACAGAUGGCAUUCUGGAAAAAUUAAAAAAAUCGAGAGGAUAUACUUAUGAGGAUGAAAUCACCUGCUCCAAAGAAUGUUUGCCCAAUUAUGAAGAAAAAUUAAAGAGUUUUUUUCAAGAGCACUUGCAUACUGACGAAGAAAUACGCUUUGUAGUAGAUGGUUCAGGUUAUUUUGAUGUUAGGGAUAAAAAUGAUGAAUGGAUUCGUAUUGAGGUAAUACCAGGCGACUUGAUAAUAAUUCCCAGUGGUAUUUACCAUAGAUUUACUCUGGAUACAAAGAAUUACAUCCGAGCUAAAAGGCUUUUUAUUGGUGAACCUGUAUGGACCCCCUAUAACAGACCAGUGGAUGAAAUGGAUUGUCGAAAAGAGUACCUUAAAAAAUUGGAAAAUGGUGAAUUCAAUUCAGCCUAACAAUUCAAUGACUGAAGCUCAUAAAGGAUUAUUACUCCUGGUUCUCUUACUGAGUAUAUAACUGCAACAAUUGCAGAAAGUACACUAAUUAUUGGAAAAAAGAAAUAUUUUAUUCUUUAUAAUUAUGUUAUUAUGUUUGAAUAUAUCAUUUAUAUCUU